AUGGACACCAACGCACUGAUCGAUGUCGUUCACGAGGUGCAAGGUCAACUGUGGGUUGACAAGGUGAAUGAGUCCCACCGAAUGGGCUGUCUCUGCCAGUGGGUGUCAACAUUCCAUGUUGAGAAACUUUCCUGUCACUUGGACGGUCCCUUUCACCAUGGGGUAUUUAAUGCCGGAAUGAAGAUAGUCUUCCAGGACGGCACUGCUUGGAUGGUUCGUUUCCCUCAUGGGGGGAUGGUCUGUGACGACUACGCUGAUGAAAAGGUGGCUAUGGAGGUUAUGGCUCUGGAUCUCAUCUAUAAUAAGAUUACGAUUCCCGUCCCGCGAGUUUGGGUGUGGGGUCUCGCUGCCAGCAACCUACUUGGUCUGGAUCUGUUUAUCAUAAUGGACUUUAUAGAUGGUGUAAGCCUGAGCGAUCUUCUUCAGGAUCCCAAUACUGAUUGUCCCACUAGAGUUAUCAAAGAGGACAUUCGUAAUACCAGAUAUAGAACUUAUCUACAGGCACUCCGGAUUAGUAGUCUGCCCCUAAUAUUUAAGGCAUAUAGUAUUCUACAGAAUGAUGGAGUGACUGAGCCUAAGGAUUUACGACAACGACUGAAUACUUUUAAUAUCAGGCAAGAUCUCAUGGUUAUUAGACUGUUCAGCUCAGCACCGUGCACGUGGGAUUACCAGGGUGAUAAGCCACCUAAGAUUGCUACACGGUACUUUAAAUAUCUAGAUAUCUUUAUAUGUAUUUUAGAGGAAGAAGAGGUAAGAAUGCCAGACUAUAAAGAGAGAGAGCUUUCCAGUCUUAUUAAGUGGUUACAAGCCUCUGGAGCUAUAUGGCUGUACAUGCUCCUCUCUUCUAGCUUCAAUGAUUAUCGCAGUUUUUCUUUUACGCGCGAGAAGGCCUUUAACCAUGUAGAAGAGCUAGAGGCAUUCGCGGAGAGGAAGAUGAAUGAGUUAGAUAAGUAUGAUGAAGCCUUGGAGAAGAUAGAGGAGACCAAGGUACUCAUAGACAGUGGGAAAAUGACCAAGCAGGAAUUUAUUGCCCGGGCUCUAAUAGGUUCAGGCAAUGGCCCCGCGGAGGACACCUCCUUACCAUCGCCAUAA